UCAGACUCGCGCCAACGACGCGUUCUCUUCGACUUUACGUUGCAUCCUAUCAUCAAGGAUUGGGUCAGGAGCAAGGGAAGAGCGCAAUCUACAUCAUGUCCCUAGUUGUGCUUGUGUUGACAUUCGCCAUAUGCAUGUUGUUGAAGCUAUUAUUACAACGCUGGCGUAAAGAGCGAAACUUCCCUGUCGGAACAGUGCAACCGCCCAUGCCGCCUGUGAGCACUAUUCUUGGACACGAAGAACUCAACUGGCGUGGUUUCCACUGCACGAAAGCAGUUGAAUGGGCCAAGGAGUACGGGCCCGUGUAUAGAUUGAACCUGAACUUUACGGAUGUGGUUGUACUGAGUGAUGUAAACAGUAUAAAAAAAUUCUGGAAAAAUAGCGAUGGACUGUACCGUUCUGGCUGUUUUAUCGUCGGUCGCGACUACAACAAAGGGCUGGCAACGCAAAACGGAGAAUGCUGGAUUGCAAACAAGCGGUAUUGCAUGAGCGUGCUACGUGACCUUGGUUUUGCAAAAACCUCAAUGGAGGAACGCAUGAUGGAUGACUUCCGUCAACUUGAUGCCAGGAUCAACGACAUAAAAGGCCAGGCUGUGCACAUUCGCCCACUCAUCCUAUCCUGCGUGGCCAGCAACAUCAUGUCUUUCUUCUACCCUAACGGACUUCCCGGUGAGGAGGAGGCUUUACGUAAGGCGACCAGUAUUCUAGAUAGGAUGAGAACCAUAAUGCUGGGAGGUGCAGUCAUUCAGUUCUCACCGAGCCUGAUGCGAAACCUGCUCUACCAUAUUCCUUUCUCAAGGAAUGGAAAAGUGGAUGGGAUAAUGGGUGGGAUGGAUAACUUUAUUCGAGACCAGAUUCGGAAUUACCAGCCAAGUACGUGUGAAAACGAUAGACGAGGAUUCAUCGAGGGAUAUAUGAAGAAGAUAGAAGAAGUGAGACCGGAGCCAUUGCCAAAAUUUCAAGAGCGGUUUCUCGUAGGUAACGUGAAAACCUUCCUAAUUGCUGGCACGUUCAGCACGACAAACACGAUGCAUUGGCACCUGCUCAACUUUGCCGCAAAGCAAGAUAUACAAAGUAAAGUGCACCGAGAAAUUGAUGAAGUCGUGGGUACCGAGAGGUUACCCACAUGGGAAGAUCGCAGGCGUAUGCCUUAUACCCUGGCUUGCUGCUGGGAAAUACACCGAUGGAAGCCAGCACCGCCACUUGGAAUGCCAAGAGAGGCUAAAGAGGACAUCGUAGUCGAUGGCUUCGUCAUACCGAAAGGUACGGUGGUCCUCUUUAAUCUGUGGGCAGCCCACUAUGACGCUGACCUUUGGCCCGAACCACAACGUUUUGACCCCAGCCGAUUUCUUGACAAGGAUGGAUUCUUCGCACCUGAGAAGCUCGAUAAUGUGAUUGCAUUUUCUGUGGGAAAGCGUUCAUGCCCAGGAGAGGUGUUUGCCUCAAUGGAGAUAUUCCUGCUAGUGACAUUCCUUCUACAAAAAUACCGUGUCGUCCUGGAGCAGCCCCUGCAGUACGACCUCGACGACGCUAGCACGAGUCUUGACAGAUUGGAUCAUGUUAAAGUGCGAUUUGUGCCACGUCAUUCACCUGAAGCUUGA